AUGGGUGGUUCAACAAACGUCGAUGUUUCACAGCGUAUCGCAGUUUGGCUCGAGACUGUGCCGUUAUUGAUGAGAGAACUCAAUGCCGAGCAUGUCUCUAUCAUCUCACACAGCUGUGGUGUCAUCUAUGCCCUCAACACUAUCUAUGCCUACCCCGAGAUCUUGCCGCCCGCCAACCCAACACUACACCUCUUUUCACCUUGGGUGCAUCCUCAGCAGUCCGGAGUCACACUCAUGAAUGUGUCAUCCAAGCUGCCAGCGCCACUGAUCAACCACUUCAGUUCCGUUCUCUCAUUUGUCAACCAAGUAGUGGCCCCGUCGAUUGCCUUUUCUUCCGGCGCUGUGACCUCUGCUUCGGGCCUGCUUUUAUCAUCAGAUACAUCUACGAGUGACCAAGGGCGCAAGAAGAAGCACGAACGGGACGAUCUCUGUCGAGAGUAUCGCGGCGCCUCUGCGGCAGUCACCGCUGCGCGCUCAGAUGAGUCGAUGCGCCGUAUGUGGAAGGAAGACAUCACUGGAGCGAACGGCGAGGCUCUGCUGUCACUGAAGAAGCCCCAGGCUGGGUCCUGGGGAGUGUGCGAGAACUACGAGACCUGCCCCCGCGAGCUGGAAGCGCGCAUUACGGAGCGUCUCUCCCAGCGAAGCCAAGAUGCGUCAACAAGCAGCCCAUCUACUACGGAGGCGCAACCGGUUCUGCACAUUCGUGUCUUUUGGGCAGAGACAGACAUGAUGGUUGGCAAGAAGGGAGAGGAGUACUUUGACAAGUGCUUCAAGGCCCACUGCACUGAGCAGAGUCGCCUGACUUAUCGAAGCGAGACGGUGGAAGAGACUGAUCACGAGUCACUUUGUCAUCCACAAUACGGCGGGUUGCCCAAGGCAUUACAGGACAUUUCAGGGACGGCGUGA